AUGAUUCGGUUCAUUCUGCUCCAAAAUCGGCAGGGCAAAACGCGUUUGUCGAAGUGGUAUGUGCCAUUCAAUGCAGUGGAAAAGUUCAAGAUUGAGUCAGAGAUUCAUCGGGCCGUGGUGACGCGAGAUCCCAGGAAUACAAACUUCUUGGAAUACAGAAGCUACAAGAUCAUUUACAGACGAUAUGCUGGAAUGUUCUUCAUUUUUUGUGUGGACAUGAAUGACAAUGAGCUAGGCAUUCUGGAAUUGAUCCACCUCUUCGUCGAAGUUCUGGACGGAUACUUCGGCAACGUCUGCGAAUUGGACUUGGUCUUCCACUUUGACAAGGUCUACAGGAUAUUAGACGAGCUCCUUCUCGCCGGAGAGGUCUCAGAAACUUCUACCAGUAAAAUCAUAGCCAUCAUGAAGAGCGUGGACAAGAUGGACUGA